AAUAAAUAGCAACCUCACCAUCUCUUACUCCUCCGCCAUCUCCACCUCAUCUCUCUCUCAAAGAACGUAAAAAAUUCUCACUCGAGAAACACAGAUCAACAAUGGCGGUCAAGAAAUCUCAGAAACUUUCACAGACAGCAAUGCUGAAGCAAAUCCUCAAAAGAUGCUCGAGUUUGGGCAAGAAACAGGGAUACGACGAGCAUGGCGACGUGCCGAAGGGCCAUUUCCCUGUCUACGUGGGGGAGAAGCGGACGCGAUACAUCGUACCGAUCUCGUUCUUGGGCCAUCCCGAGUUCCAGACUUUGCUCCAGCAAGCCGAGGAGGAAUUCGGAUUCAAUCACGACAUGGGUCUCACCAUCCCUUGUGAAGAAGUCGUUUUCCUCUCUCUAACAUCCAUGAUCAGAUGAACAAGAACCUGUGCGCUCUUAAUUAUUGUUGCUGACAUAUUAUUAUCAGGUGGAUUUUUUUUUUCUCGGACAACCAUUGAUCCCGAGAUCCUUUUUUCUGGAGAAAUCUACGUAAACAGCCUUCUACAUGUGGAUGGAUCAUGUGUGUGAAUUUUGAGUCCUCAAGAGAAGGCUUUAACCUAAGUGGGUCUGCUAGGAUUCUAUCUUUUUUCCUGUUCUUGGUGGGUUGAGAUUUCAUCGGAAGCUGUUUCAGCUCUCUCAAAAACCAGUCAAUUAAGUGUUUUCUUGGUUUAAUAUGUGUAAAUAUUUUAGGGUUUCCUCGCAGAUGUAAUUCUAUGAGAGAGAGAUGUUGAAUAAAUUCAUCAGUACUGGAUC